GUACGAUACAUGUCGACCGAUCGAAAGAGCGCGGUGCCAGUCUUGCGGACGAUUGAUGAGCGUCCGGUCCGGCUGAGCUGAGAAACUGAGUGUCCGAGGGACGGCCGUCUGAGGUCAUAGUGCGUGUCGCUGCGUCCGUAAAGGUGGAGUCGCGCUAAAAUGUCGACCGUGAUUUUGGCCGUGGUGGCCGUCAUCCUGUGCGUCCUCUUCAGGAUUCUCAAUGUCAACAGUGAACCGACGAAGCCGGUCGUCUUCUGCAAGGACCGCAACUUCUUCGAGUCCAUCCUGAAGAUGGCUCCGCUGCUGAACGAGCCGUACCAGCCAACCCGUUUGUGGGGCUUCAGCGGCCAUGUGCAGACGGUGGUGCACAGCAUCAUUGGACGCGUUCGCUGUCCGCUGCCAAUCGGGGAGCGAUGUCUAGUCAACCUGACCGACGGGUCCACCUUGACGUAUGACGUGUACGAGCCGCUAGAAGCCAAGAACAUCCAGCCAGAAGAUGACUUCACCCUGGCCAUCUGCCCAGGCAUCGGAAACACGAGCGAGUCUGUGUACAUCCGCACGUUUGUGCACCACGCGACACACCAGGGCGGCUACCGAUGCGCAGUCCUCAACCACGUUGGGGCGUUGACCAGCGUGCAAGUCACCGCGCCCAGGCUUUUUACCUACGGCCACACAGAUGACUUUGACAUGAUGCUCAAACAAAUUCUGGAACGGUGGCCCAACACGAGGAUCAUUGCGGUCGGCUUCAGCCUGGGCGGCAACCUGGUGACCAAGUACUUUGGUGAGCAGCGAGUUCGGCCUUCGGCCCUUCUGGGUGCCAUCUCCGUGUGCCAGGGAUACUGCGCCUUGGAGGGCACCAAGUGGCUGCUGAUGUGGCACAACUUCCGCCGCUUCUACCUUUACUUUAUGACUGAAAACAUGAAGAGCAUUAUCUUGAGGCACCGCAAGGUUCUUCUCUCUGAAGACGUGCGUAAGAAACACAAGCUCAACGAGAGGGACAUUUUCUCGGCUGCUACCCUGCCUGAACUGGAUGAAGCGUACACAAGGAGAGUUCACAACUUUGGCUCUGUAAGGGAGCUGUACCAAUGGAGCAGCAGCGUCAACUAUCUCAAAGACAUUCGCUCGCCCAUGAUAUUCAUAAACGCCAAAGACGACCCGCUGGUGCCGGAACCAAUGCUGUCUCCAGUCAGAAACUUGGCCUCCAUGAAGAAGCAGGUGCUGCACCUGGAGCUGGCUCAUGGCGGCCACCUUGGCUUCUACGAAGGUGGACUGCUGUAUCCAAACCCUGUAACCUGGCUUGAUAGAGCUUUAGUGGCCUUAACCGCAGGAAUCAUCCAGACCUCGCUGAAGACCUAAAACUGUUGCAUUCCAGAUAAGUUGAACUAUCUAGACCAAGUAAAUAGGUUAAAUCGCCUUUUGUGGAAGUGAGGGUUACUACUUGAUUUUGAAAUAAAUAUAUUUCUGUUAAUAAAAAUUCCAUUGGAGGAAGUGAUAACCAUAAAAUACACGUUGAUCAUCAAAAUAUUCCGGCUUACUUUACUGAUUCUCUCAUUUUGCACAAAAGGCAGAUUAAAAAUCGCCGAUUUCCGACGGUGGUGAGUGAUUUGUUCAUAUAUUCGUGCUAUCCAGAGAACAAGAGAGUUUAGAGACCAAAUAGCAGCUAGCUUGUGUGUGAAUAUAAAUUCAGGGCUAGCUCGCGAGCAUUCGUUCUUCGAAGAACGAUAGGCUGAAGGGUGUCUUAUCGCAGCAGCUCUCUGCGCCUACUUAUCACUCGGAUUUCACAUAGCGAAAACUAGAUUCCGGCUACUGUGCAUCGCUUUGAAGACAGAAUUAUAUAUUUUAAACUAUGAAGUGCGCUAGAAUACCUCUUGAAGUGGUGAUUUGUGGAAAAUCACUAGUAAAAAUUUUCAUAAAGUAUUAAAGCUGUGAUCAGUGAUGCAGAGUUGCCUCUCACAGGGAAACUCUAAAUGAUUCGACGUGGUAAUGUUUUUUUGACAAGAUGUAUCGAUCGGAAAAGAAUUCUGGAUAAGAUUUAAGACUUUAGCCGAGAAUUUUGCAAAUAGUCCUUAAACGGUUGGAAAUAUUACUUUAAAAAUUUCUGAGAUCACUGCCAGGUCAUGUAGCUCCAUUAUUGUCUUAUGAAAAAAAUUUAAAUAUCCUUUUUAUAUUUUAAUUUAUUUGUUUUUUCGGAAAUAAAAACGCGUUGCAAGCUUUUUUCAACGUGUUUUAAAUAUGAAUUUUUUCAGCUUUCAAAGUAUGUUAACAAGGUUUUUUGUCCUUGCUCUACGAUUAACCAAACUCAAAAGGUUAAGCAACCCAUGUAAGAAACUUAAUAUUUGCUCUGGAACGUCAAAAAUGACCCACGAUCGAUUUUUCUCAUGGGAGUGUCCACAUACCAGAUAUCAGCUAAAUAGAGCGAAAACUAUAUUAUAAGAUAAAUUUAAAAAAAUUUGCGAGUUUUCCUUACAUCCAAAAUCGAAUCCUUAAGAGUUUUCUUGUCAAGAAAAAAAUAUCCUUGUGUGUGUUGCGUUUGCGCAGAGAGCAAAAAUCAAGUUGUAAAUUUUCUAAAAUUGGUGAUGCGUUUUUCGCCCGCAUUUUAUGUAACAAUCGUUUGUUGCACUUUGCAGGACAAAGUGCUCUAGAGUGUCCUAAUCAGACUUGAAAUACAUAAAUGUAUGUAUAAUAAUAACUCUUGGGGUAGCAUAUUAUAUGCGCGCACUAUUACCAUUAGGCUUUGUCUUGAGUGUAUUGCUCAAACGUUUGGAACUGACAAUAAUAGCUGAAAAAGAUUUUCAUUCAUUCACAACUUAAAGUCUUAGAAAACUUACGUUCGCAUUUAUAAAUAUUAUCCAGAUUGUAUAUUUGUGAUUUUGUUUCUUGCCUGAUCAUAGUAUCUAUAUAAUUUUUCAUAAUUAUUUAUGUCUUGAGUCUUACAGCCAUGUGGCCAACUGAAAAUUUUGUACGUGUAUAUGUAAAUAAAAGUGUAAAACUA